AUGGACUUAGCACAUCAGAACCCUGAAAGGAGUCAGGCAUCCCAGAAAGCUUGGUAUGAGAAGCAUGCUGAAGAAAAGCCUUUGAACACAGGUUAUUUGGUAUUAGUGUUGUUUCCAGUGAGGAAGAACAAAAUGGAAGGUUGUUGUGAAGGACCGUUUGAGGUAGUAGAGAGAGUGAAUGAGGUCUUUAUGAUCGACCAGAGCGAGCGGACGUCCCUCUGGGAGCUCGGCGCCGGGAGGCUCCUACCCUUCCCCGUGCUCACUACCCAGAGGAGCUGCCGGAGCUCCCCCGGGCUCGCUACCCAGAGGAGCUGCUGGAGCUCCCCUGCACCUACUACCCAGAAGAGUCGCUGGAGCCACCCUGGACCGCCGUUCCGGAGGAGUUGCUGGACCUGCCACCCAGCCCUGGCCGUGACGAAUCCAUGCACCUGGACCCGGUGGAGGACGACCCCAGAAUCCAGCCUCCUAUUGUGCAGAGCCCUCAAGGGCACUUCCUUCAAAUCAAAAUCCAAGAAUCAUUCAUCAAGACAUAUCUGCAAGGCAUUAUCCCAAAAACAUCAGAAUAUUAACCGAAAGGCUUCUGAGGACUGGAGCACCUCUUGGAACAUGUCCUGCUUACUGGACCUUGGUCGCUUCUUUAUCUGGUGGAGCCAGCGUGUAGAGGGUUCCCCUAAAGGCCACUCCUUCAGAAGCCCGAGAAACAAUACACAGAAGCAUGAUUGUUAG